UGCUUGGUGGCCGGAUUUGUCACAAGUGCACACAGGUGACCAGGGACGCUCCGUACCCCGCUGACUGACAAUACAUCAUAGCCAGCGGAACGAAAACAAUUACCAGCUGGUCAUCUGAGUGUGUCUGCUGUUUUACCAAAAAUAAUAACGACACCAAAAUCCGCCUUUUUAGCAUAGGCUAGUUUGUGUGUAAGGAACCCGGGAGUUCAGAUGACAGUAGGCUGUUGGAGCGCACGCACUGGUGGAAGAGCCGCGUAGUUUCCCGAACCUACACUUCCAACUUCGUAUCGUCUGACCUUCACAGCGGCCCAGCAGAGUGUCCAGCGAUGUAGAGUGCAGCGUGAGGAGUACAGUCCCAUCUCUGUCAUCAGCACUUUCCUUACAAAGAGGUUCCGGUCUCUCUCGGGCUGGACUGCGGUGCGUCUGCGUCGGCUCGCCCCCCCCUCCCCCCUCGCCACCCAGCCAUGGCCUCGCGGAUUGGGCUGCGGCUUCAGCUGAUGCGAGACCAGCUGCAGCAGGAGGAACAGCGGGAGAGGCAGCAGCAGCAGAAUGCGGCCCUGCUGUACAUGCAACAGCAACGCAUGGCUGCCCCCAGUCCUGCCAUCAACGCCCCACAACACUACCAGAGCAUGCAGGUUCCUGUGGAGGUGCUCAAGGUACAGACUCAUCUGGAGAACCCUACAGAUUAUCACAUCCGCCAGUCCCAGCGACAACAGGUGAAGGAGUACCUCUCCACCACCUACGCCACCAAACAGACAGUUCAUGCAGUAACAGGUGUGGUGCAACCCUCCCCUCCCCCCGCCCUGCCUCACCAGGGGGCCUCUUCCUCAGCCCCACCUCCGCUCCAGUCCCCACGGCUCCGUACGGAGCAGCUCAUCACAGGAAACAGUGCACCCAACAGCCCCAUGGCCAUGCUCAACAUUGGCUCCAGCCACGAGAACGAGGUACAUGAGAUGGAUGAGGUUAUCGAUGACAUCAUCAGCAUGCAGUCGAGCUAUGACGACAUCCAGCAGUAUAUUGACCCGGUCCAAAUGCCUAACACGCUCCCUCUGUCCAGCAGUCACCUGGAUGUGUACACGGGGCCAGGGAUGACCGGUCAAUCCAUCGCCAUGACCAGCAACUCCUGCCCUGCUAACCUGGCCAUCAAACGAGAGCUGACGGAUGCAGAAGCCCGUGCGAUGGCCAAGGAGAGACAGAAGAAAGACAACCACAAUCUGAUCGAGAGACGGAGGCGGUUCAACAUCAACGACCGUAUCAAAGAGCUGGGCGGGAUGAUCCCCAAGACCAACGACCUGGACGUGCGCUGGAAUAAGGGCACCAUCCUGAGGGCCUCCGUGGAGUACAUCAAGAGGAUGCAGAAGGACAUGCAGAGGACGAGGGAGGUGGAGAACAACUUCAAAAGGAUGGAGAUGGCCAACAAACAGCUGUGGCUACGUAUCCAGGAGUUGGAGAUGCAGGCCCGUCUUCAUGGCAUCCCCUGCUCCUCUCCUUCUGGGAUGGGUUCUGGAGACCCGGCGGGUUCCUAUGUCAAACAGGAGACCAGCCCUGAGGAGAAGCUCCACCAGCAGCACCAGCAGGUUCAGACCCAGGGCCAGCAGCACCUCCACCACCCCCAGUCACACCACCUCCAGCCCAGGCAGCUGCCUCCUCUCCCCCCACACCUCCAGCCCCAGCUCCCCCUCCAGUACCCAGCCGUGGGCAGCUCCCAGCCCUUUGACUUUGCCCAGUCGCUGGACUUGUGUGACGGGGUGCCCGGCUACCCGGAUGGUCUGUCGGGGCUAGGGGACCUUGGCCUCCUGGGUACCCAGGGAAGAAGAGGCGAUCUGGGCUUCAUGAUGAUGGAUGAACCCCUGUCUCCUCUAGGCGGAGACCCUCUGCUCUCUGCCAUGUCCCCUGAGGCCUCGGUCGACUCCAGCCGCAGAUCCAGCUUCAGCAUUGAGGAUGCAGAUAUACUGUAGAGGAAGUGUUCAUUCACACAUGGUCACAAACACACACACACACCGUUCACAAACAUACUCACACACUCACUGUAGAACCACUGAUAUAGUAUAUGGUACGCACAGAUCUCACAGUGGACCCACAGAAAUCACUGAUGUACUAUUACAUGAUGAUGAUCGGUUCAACAAGUCUGCAAAAAUACACUCCUAAUACACCCAUAGAUUUAGGGAACACACCAUCACUCUCAUAGCACACUUUUUAUAAACAAGAUUUAAAUUUAAAUCCACUUUCAACAGCAGUUCUUAAUCAAAUCCACGUCUCAGAUUGAAAUACCACUGUAAAUAACAGAGCACGGCUGAAUUACACAGACACAGAAAUACAUAGACAGUCAGACACAGCAUAGAGACAGACACACACAGACACUUCUGGUUGACUCUAAAAAUGGCAGGCGCCCUGUUCUAGGAAGGGAAAUGUAAGACAUUGACAGAGCCCCCCCCCCACACAAA